AUGGAUUUCGUGCAAAAUCCUUGUCCUUCUCCUUCAAUUUUGUUCGGUUGCUUCGGGAAUUUCGUUGACAAGGUUAAACAAUUUGGAACUCUCGCUGUUUCCGCGAUCAUUGGGAACAUUUUCUCUGCGAUCUUGACCUUUUGCUUCGCAUUAGUGGGGACGUUGUUGGGUGCUAUGACAGGAGCUUUGAUAGGUCAAGAGACAGAAAGUGGUUUCAUUCGAGGUGCUGCUGUUGGUGCUAUAUCAGGAGCUGUUUUUUCGAUUGAAGUGUUUGAAUCAUCUCUUGUUCUUUGGCAUUCUGAUGAAUCUGGGAUUGGUUGUCUUUUAUAUUUGAUUGAUGUUAUUGCUAGUUUGUUGAGUGGGAGACUCGUGCGUGAGAGGAUUGGUCCUGCAAUGUUGAGUGCGGUUCAAAGUCAGAUGGGUGCUGUUGAAACCAGCUUUGAUGAGGUUCAAAACCUCUUUGACAUUGGUGGUUCGAAAGGUUUAUCCGGAGAUUCUGUUGCAAAAAUCCCGAAAAUCAAAAUCACUACCGACAAUGUUGAUGCAUCAGGGGAGAAAGUUUCUUGUUCAGUUUGUCUCCAGGACUUUCAGCUUGGAGAAACGGUUAGAAGCUUACCUCAUUGUCAUCACAUGUUUCAUCUACCUUGCAUAGAUAUGUGGCUCUUGAGGCAUGGUUCUUGCCCAUUAUGCAGAAGGGAUCUGUAA